AAACAAAAGCCAAAGAUUUCUGCAUCACGGCGUUUAUACUUAAAGACCAAAAUCCUGAAGAAAGCUAGCACUUUGCUGGACGAGGAAAAGAAUGAGAAAAAUAUCGAGCGAGAAAGAACCCUCACUGAACGAGUGCCUCCUCUGUCGAUGAGUGGCUUCCCACUGCAAGACUUACAGAACCUGUGCAAAGAACUGCAUCGCAAAAUCGAUGUUGUUGACGAGGAGCGCUAUGACAUUGCAGCUAAAGUUAAUAAAAAUGAAAAAGAGAUUGCAGAACUGAGCCACAAAAUCUUCGAACUAAAGGGCAAAAUGAAGAGACCCACCCUAAAGAGAGUGCGAGUGUCUGCAGAUGCCAUGCUCGGAGCUCUGUUCGGUUCCAAACACAAAGAGUCCAUUGACUUCAAGGCCAACCUUAAGACAGUCAAGAAAGAAGAGGAGAAGAGAGAGGAGGUUACUGACUGGAGGAAGAACGUGGACGCCAUGUCCGGGAUGGAAGGCAGAAAGAAGAUGUUUGCUGGAACAGCAUCGUAGUACCGUGAAAUAUAAAACUGCAAAUAACCGGACUUUCUAAGUUCUGGAAAUAAAUCUAUUUUUGCUCCCAGUGUGAAUUUCAACCUGUGACUAAAAUAGCUUCUGUGGAAACACAUAAAGAACACAUUUUUUUUAUAAUACUUUAUGAUUAUUAUAUUUUUAUUGUAUAAUAAUGAUCAUAUUAUAACAAUAUGUUGUUGUCUAUGUGAUAUACGCCUUAUAAAGUUGUUUUCUUAAAUGUCA